GAUGAAAAAAUCAUUAAAACACAAUUUUGAGGAUUACCAUCGCUGAAGAUCAUAUUCGAUCUUUGAUGUGAUUGAAUGGAUAUCUGAUGAAGUUUUUGAUUUAAGUCUUACAAAGUGGUUUUAAAUAAAAUGAUAUUCAGGGAUGAAUAUAUUCCAUUUACGAAGAUAAUUUUUUAUUAUAGAAGAUUAUACAUAUAUAAUAUAUUAAAAAUAUUAAUCUUUUAUUAUUUUCAAAUAUAUUUCGUAUCUUUCACAAGGAAUAGCUUAUUUAUUUUUUUUCUUGCCCGUGUUUUUUUUUCAUUAUAUUCUACUCCUUGUGAAAGACACGUUGAUAUAUCUUUUUUAAUAAGAAAAAUUCAUAACCUCGAUCUUCAGAAUUCUAUACGUAUCUUCGAGGACUAAUAUGUACAUCAUAAAUCGGAUCUAUCUAAACGAACUACUUAACGC